AAUUCUAAAAACACUUCAAAAAAUCUAUCCCAUGUUCCUUGCAAAUUUUUUAAACAAGGCAACUGUCAGGCUGGCCUUUCUUGUCCCUUUUCCCACAAUCUAGAUUCAAAUUUAGAAUCUAAACCUUGUGCUUAUUUUCAAAAAGGCAACUGCAAAUUCGGUUCAAAAUGUGCUUUGGCUCAUAUUUUACCUGAU